CAGAAGUCAGCUGUCUGACACAAGUAGCUUCAAGCGGAAAUUAGAAAGAAACCCAACUUAUCUUCAGUUUUAGAUCUGCUGCACCACCCACUAAGUUAAAACUGUCUCUGUUUGAGUUUUCAUGUGACGUGUAAAAAUACAGCCUUCGUCGGAAACUCAUUUUUUUCCUCUUUUUUUUUGCCUUAGCUACUAGCAUGUUAGCUUUAUAAAAUGGGGGAUCGAGGGUGCAGAGCCUGUUCGAACAAAAGAUGAAGAGAAAGAUUUAUGGCAAAGCCUGACCACAAAACCUCCCGGUGGAGAUUCUGACAUCCACCAGUGGCCACUAUAAAUAUGUCACCGCGUAAAAGACCCUUGGUUCCUGUAAGCAACCGGCGGAAAGCUGUGGACGACUACUUUCCUUUCAACUUCCUGCCAGUGGAGUGCCAGCUACAUGUGUUGUCUUUCCUGAAUGAGGUGGAUAAAUGUAGUUGUGCUCUCGUUUGCUUGAGCUGGAGUUGCCUUGUUCGUUCAUGGAAGCUCUGGCGGGUCGCUGAUUAUUCCCGUCGAGGAGUCUUCCACUUGGGGCAAGAGGGACUGCUUGUGUCCAACCGUGAGUUUGAGAGAUGGAAAUCCUGGGUUCACCUCUACACUCACCAUCUAAUCUCGCGCCGGGCCAGCCUUCUCACCCUGAAAGCCAGCUUUGAUUUGGGUGAUCGCUGCAACAAGUGGGGCGACCUACUAAGCCAUCUUUUGGAUAAUGUCCACUGCAGGGACCUCAGCCAGCUAGACCUCAACUGGACGUUUACGCUUCUUGAACCGCUGGACCUCAGGGUUCAUUCCAGCUCCAGUUCGCACCAGGACAGCAUCACUAAGAUGGACCAGGUGAGCAAUUUCCAGCAGCUGAUGACCAAACUCACGCAGAGCUGUCCUCGUAUCACCAAGAUGAGGUUACACUUUGACUGGUCAGAUUUGUCUGUGUCUCUGCUCACCCAAUUCCAGCAGCUUAAAGUCCUUGAACUGAAGUACUUCUGGGUCUUUAAAGGAGUGACUCCAUCCACACUGCAGACUCUAACAACAUCCCUUCCUAACCUAAAAUCUCUUACUUUACACAUCCUGGUGCCACUGAGGAAUCUCGGUAUUUCCUACACUCUGGAGUCACUUUCCUUGGAGUUUUUGGACGUAUCACCCAGCAGAGGCCUGGUUUUUUCGUGCCUAAAGCUGCCUGCUCUGCGUGAGCUCCGAGCCAAGAAAAUUGUGCGUGGUAUCACAUUGGACAGGCGCACCAGGUUGAGGAUCCAGAGUCGAUGGCCAUGUUUGUAUCAUGUCCUUCGGGAAGGGACGCCGAGACUCCAGGCCCUUAACAAUGAGAGACUCCUCCCUACGUGGAGAGAGAAGAGCUAUGGGGAACUAUCAGCCAUUUUAGAAGGGUCCUGUUAUUGUGUCCAACAUUUAGACAGCUGGCUGUGGUAACCGACUCUGUGAAUGUUCUCUUAUUGCUGUAUUAUUGUUUUCGUUUAGUGACAAAAAGUACUAUCACAUAAGUGAAGUGACGCUUGAUGUGGAAACACCCACCAUUGGUUCGUUCCACAUCAGUUGUAAUGUAGCUUGACUAUUCCAGCUUUUUGUUUGCACAGCCUAAACAUAAAAAACAUCAAGUUAAACAUAAUGGGUAAUCAGUCGUCAUACACUACCGUUCAAAAUUUGGAGUUAAAGCAACCCCAAACCUAUGAAUCGUAUUGUAUCAAAUGGGAUUUUUCAUCAUGUACACUCCGGUUCAAAGGUUUGGGGUCGCUUUGACCCAAAAAUUUUUAAUGAUAGUGUAUAUAUUCAUUUUCAGUCAAUUCAAACAAAAUGACAGAAGGACAACACUUCAAAACAGAAUAGAAACAACAGUAUUAAGAAUGUAAAACUUGUAAAAUAUUUCAGUUACAACGAUUAAUUCAUUAAAAUGGAUAGAACAGCGGCCUCCAUAAUAAUGGGUACUCAUAAUAAAUUCAACCCCCCCCCCCCCC